GUUGAAAUAAAAAGCAACAUGGAGCAAAUUGAACGUGUCAUUUUGAAAGAAUUGUUCAAGUAAAAAACUGUCUAUGCCUGCAUUUACAAACCAGAGACCAAAGAAGGAGCCAAAAGAAACUCACAAACUAAGAUGUUGCAUUAUUACGUUUUAUUUUUGCUGUUCUCAAUAGGUAGGUAAAGUUCACUGACUGAUCAGGUGACCCAGCUUCUUAACCAACAGUGAGAAUUACCUGAAAAAGUUUAAACGGUCGUUAGAUUUUUGUUUUGAAAGAAAGGAAUUGUUUAUUGUCAAAACCCUGAAUAUGUACAUCUGCAAAGAAUUCGUCUCAAUUGCGUAGCUUGCAAGUUGUUUAUUUCUAAAAUUAUACGCUUAUACCGUACCGGUACUGACGGUACUGAACUGCUGGGUCAAAAAAUCUACUACUUUCACAUUAACCAUAAUACACCUUGUUUACCCCCAAAAAUUUUGCAUAAGUAUUGUCUUCAAGUUCUCUUGGGAGGAUUGUAAAUCCCAAGAGUAAUCAUUGGAAACAAUGCUUAUGCAAGUGUAAUGUGGAAAUGUAAAAGUAGCGAAUGCAGCUGAUCUACUUGUACAGCUAUUGCUUUCAUAAAAAAAGGUGGCAUGAUUAAGCUAUCUACGUUAUUCGGGAACUGAUGUAUGAAUGGCAGUUUUCAUAUCGUUACAUGUAAAUCCAGUUUAAAUCCUUUUAUAGAAAAUAAAAAAUGGAUGUUGUCGCCAGUUCACAGCUUUUGCGGAUUUGUUAAGAGAAGUACAGGUACUAAAACAAGCAUAUACAUAGAUAAUUUGAUUGAUUGGGUGAGAAGAAAAAAACAAGCUGACAUGAGAAAUUUGCUCAAAAGAUAAAACAAUCUCAAAAAGCAUCUACUUACACUAGCCUGAAUUGUCUCUCCAUUUUUCAGUUCUGUUCAUAAAUCUUCACUUCUUCUAAACUGCUAGGAAAAAACUGAAUUUUAAAUCUCGUGCUCACUGCACUUUUAAACCUACCCUUCAGGGAAUUGAGGGCACAUGUUAACAUGCGUAACCGAUUUAGUUAAUAACAAUGAACAACAAGAUCUCAUUGUCUUUUGAUAUUAGGUUUUGCGGAUCCACAAUCAGGCCUCAUCCUUGUUAACUCUGAUGACAGUGCCAAGGAAAGUGAUGUUAAUGUGGAAGUAACCAAAAAUGCUGGAUCAUCAAUUGAUGAUGAAGAUCUUGAGGUGUUCCAACCAACAGCUGAAUGGCAAACAAUCCAACCAGGUCAAGGAAUCCCCCCUGGACUCCAUGUGCGCAUGAACUUACAAACAGGACAGAAAGAAGCUAAGCUCAUGGAUGGAGAUGAUGGUAGUAAAUAUCAGAGUAACAAGGACUCCAAACAAAAGUUUAUCACAAUUGACAAGAAUGUCAUUUCAAAGCAACAUCUUAAGGAAGCUUUAAAGGAUUUCCGGGACAAAUUUCACGAUGAAAGUCCUCCUGGAGAGAGCUCUGAUCAACUUAAUAGCCAUAUGGAUGCAAGUAAGUUUAUCGCUUGAUGUUACUGUUAAUUUGCGUAAUUGAAGCCUCUGUACUUUUAGAAAAGGAACUAGAUUUGGAAAAUCCAGAUUUGGGUUACCCUGUCUCCAACAAACAAAGUUAAAGACCCUCUCUUCUUCUUGCUGGAAUUUCCUUUAAACACAAGCCAAAAUUAAUAAAUGUCGGUAAAAGACAAAAGCAUUUCAAGAAACAACUGAAAAACGAUAAUUGACUGCUGAAUAAGUUGUUCAUCUUGUUUAUUCAAGCUUAAAGUAUUAUUAUUGACAACAAACUUUUGAAAGUAGAAAAUUAACAAAGCAAAAUUCAACGAAAGUGAUAUAACCGAACUCAGACAGCAAAAAUGGAAAACAGAGCGACAAGCAGAGCAAAAAUAUCAAAUAAACAGCAUAAAGGCAAGAUUUUAGUACUUACAGUGUAGGAGCAAGAUCACAAGCCACCUGUUUAGCAUUGCUUUAGCAGUUUUCCCAGCUGAUUUGCUUGAUUCUCCCCCUUCAGAUAUUUUUCGGAAUAAUGAAAUUCACUUUAUCUUUGCGAGUAAAAUAGGAGCAGGUCAUGUUUUAAAGGAAAAAAAUGUACGCAAUCACAGCUUUUGCUCAUUCACUAAAAACAAACAAACAAGUGAAAGAAGCCAUUACUGUGACUGUGGGUCGAGAUAGGAAAAUCUAGACUGCACAAAGAACCAAUCAGAUUGCAGGAUUUGUUACUGUACCUCUUGAAAAAAAAUUAAUAUUAUUCAAUUAUACUUCUGUUCUUGCUUUAUAGAAAAGAAUUUCAGAUCUAUUGAAGAUAUACGAAAGGAGUUAGAAGGAGCAGACAUAUUUGUCAAAAAAGACAUUGAGAUAAUCAAAAAACAUGUUGAGACACUAAACAGCACAAGUUCCAGUCUGCCUGAAAAAGAGCAUGCCUUGGAUGAACUUGAAUUUUAUGUGCAUCAGAUUGACAAUGCAAUAGACUUGGACACAAUUGGUGGUCUUACUCUGGUGAUAAAACUUAUGAAUUCUACAGACCCAAGUUUGGUAAGAAGGGCAACUUAUGUACUGGGAUCAGCAACACAAAGGUGACUUAUCCACUUACAACAAUGUCAUUAUUUUUUAUUUUAGUCAUAAAUGUCAUGGUAGGUCCACGUAACAGGGUGAAACAACAACUUUUGACUUUUGGUGCUAUUUGCUCCAUGCUUUCCUGGCAUGGAGGAAGAAUGGCCAUCUAUAAUAAUUUUAUAAAACCCAACACAUCCUGCUUUAGGAUCACUUGUACCAUUAAUGAUCAAUUAAGCAUUGAUUUCAUUUUCCCUUUUAAAGUUGCGGCGGUUAAAUACAAGAGCGGCCCUUAUUUGAGGGCUGCACUUAUUUCAACUACAGGUAAAACACUGAGGGGAAUAUAGAGAGAAUUAAGUGAGGCGUUUACUAGGUAUGCACAAUUUAAUAUAAAAUACGUACAUCUCAAACUGUUAUAUGAUUGAAUUCAACCCAGUUUCAAGAGUUUCCUACUUUAGAAAUCACAAGUUGGUCGAGGUCUUAUUUCUUGAGCGAUAUGGUUUUGAUAUCUCUUUAUAUCAAGCACCAUAACAAAGGUGGGGUGUUAAUUUGUAAAUACCCAACUUAGCGCCGCGUCACUUAUGCAAGAGCAGCACUUAUUAAAUUAUUGUCGGUAAAGGUGCAAUGCUUGUUCAAGAGCGGCGCUUAUUUGAGUAGUGGUGCUUAAUCGAUCAUUUGCAGAAAAAUGCCAAAACAGGGUUUUAUAAAUCCCCCUUCCCCUGUAUGCUGGUCAGAAUCCCGGGAGGGCGACUCCGCAUAUGAAAGGGGUGGGGAUGCUCGUGGGAAAUUUUGAAUUAAACCCUUAAAGGAGACUAAUCUGGGCAAGGCCCAAACUUUUUUUGACCCCUAAGAGAGACCAUGUUAAAACACAGACAAAUGAGAAAACUUGGGUUAUAUGAAUGGAGUAAAUAAAACAAAUUAAAAAUAUACAUAUCAAAUAUAUGUUUUGAUAUCUUUUUGCGUACAACCCUAAACAAGACCCUCAGAGCUAAAUAUGAUGGCAUUUUGCCCAGAACACGCUAUGUGAGACCAAAAUCUGAAAUUUACACCCCCUAAGCGAGACGACGAGCAUCCGUACCCCGUUCAUAUGCGGAGUCCACCCCGUAGGGUCAUAAUCUCUUACCUUCCACAUAAUACCAGUCAUUCUUUUGCUUCCAAUAAAAGAUGGCUCCAAGGGUAUCACAUUUCUAGUUAAAAAAAAUAAGCUUCUUUAAAGCCCACACAGAUGUAAGCCUCUUGUUUUUAAGUUCUUUUUUUAUCUACAUUGCAUCUAAUUUGUUUAUGUUGUGUCAAUCUAUUUUUGUCUGAAACAGUAAUCCAAAUGUGCAACAAGCUGCACUGAAGCAAGGUGCAUUACCACUGCUUCUACGCCUUUUGUCCAACCAAGACAACAUGGCUGUGAGGAAGAAGGCCAUGUAUGCACUGUCAUCUCUUAUUAGACUCUUUCCUAUGGCACAAAGAGAGUUUCUUAAGUUAAAUGGACUUGAAAUUUUUAAGAUGUUGUUUGAGGAGACUGGGAGCGGAGCUUUAGCUGUCAAAGCAAUCACACUCAUGACAGAUAUUCUUACUGAACAAAUUCAACAUGUGAAAGCAUUGUUAGAGAAACAAGGGAAAGAUACUUCUGGUGACAUCUCUGGCAGGUACUGAAUGUUUUUGUUUGUUUGUUUGUUUAUUCUGACACUUAACUCUUGGAAAUAACAGGUGUAUGAUAGAUAAACAGCCAUUUUGUGGACAUGCUACAGCUGCACCACUAAAAUCACGUUUAUUUCAUUUUAUUUCAUUUAUUUACAGUUAAUCACCCAAGAUUAUAGGAAAAGAUGGAUUUUCCUAUUUGCUGUAUUUUAAAGCUGCAAUUUACACACCAGGAGUAGCUAAAACAAAAACCAAAAUUUAUAAACUUACCUAAAUAUAAACUUACACUGUACUGCAAGGAUGUUUAUUUUAUUGCAGGAAUGUAAUUCCAAGUGAUCCUCUAAAACUUAAAGGGAACCUCCACUCUUACUACAGAAUAAGUUUAAAUCGAAUAAAAUUAUGUUGAUAAACAAAUUUGUUCGAAAUUUGUCUUAAAAAAAGUGUUUAUAUCAGGAAAAGUGAAUUUUAAAAUCGCUUAUUUUCACUUUCAAAUUUCGCGGGCGCGCCAUCUUGAAUAAUUGUGACGUGUUACGGUUGCUCUAUUGUUUUGACACAAAGAGCUUUUGUUUAAUAACAAUAGGGCAACCAUUACACGUCACAAUUAUUCAAGAUGGCGACGCCCGCAAAAUUUGAAAACAAAAAUAGGCUAAUCUAAAAGUUAUUUCUUUCGGAUACAAACGCUUUCUUUAAAAAUAUUUUAGAUUGACUUGACUGUAACAGUUAUUUCCUGUGAUUUAAAGUUAUCUUUUUGUUGAAGUGGAGGUUCCCUUUAAGUUUCAAGUGACACUUUGUUCACAUUAUUUUAUUUUGUUCCCAGGGUCCCUCUUUUGAAAACAAUGGCUGAGAAGGGCUGGUGUCAACUUGUACCCAGUCUUCUGCACACCACAGAGAAUGACACUAGAGAGAAAGUGUUACAAGCUUUACACGUGAUGGUAGAGGGGUGCAAAAGUGAGUUCCAACAGCCUCGAGUACAUGAUAGUCUGAACAAACUCAAGUUACAGUGGCUUAAGGAUGCGAACAGAAAGGAAGGGCAUGAAGAUCCAGAGUAUGUUACCAUUUUGGCACAACUUGUAACAGACCUCAUAAGCAAGCUUACAUGAUGAAUUUGGCUCGUCAAGCUCGGCCUCGAAACAAGGACAAACUAUGUGUGUGGCUUCUGACAAUCAUGAAGCUGAUAUAGUAGCCUUGAUAAGAUCUCUUGGACAAGGGUACAAGCAGUGCUCGGUGAAGGCCACAUUUCUUCUUGGCUUGCUACAAUGUUGAAAAUGCUGGCAAUGCAGUUUGAAUGAAAUUGAUAGUGGACCUAUCACUUGUUCUUUGCUCAGGAACGUUUCUACAAUCAGCAUGAUCUAUGCUCGUGAAACAUGCGCAUGACUAGUGUGGGAGUUGUACUUUGUGGAAGACAGGCCCAUAGUGAAUGAGACAGAGUUGUAUGAGGUGUAAACUUUUGAACCUCAUAAUAUAAGGAACAUUGCACUGGUCAUGAUAUCCUAACUUUUGUCCAAAAAGUAAUAAAAUAAAAAGUUUAGGUCAUUUCCGAGUUGCCAUAAGUCUCUGUUUCAAAGCAAGGCUUUAAAGUGCGAAGCUGUUGAUAUGAAAAUGAUUUUUUAAUUCUCAUGCAAAUAAAACUCAUUUUCACAACAAAGGUUUUGCACUUAACCUCGUUUUGAAAGUGAAUUUCUGGAAAUCGAAAUGGCCUAUUACUGUUAACCCAGUAGUUUGUAUUUUUGCCCACAAAAAGAAUAAAGAAUGAAUAAA